AUGCGCGCCACACCGCCAGCCAUCUGCGGCCGCACCCCGCGUCGGGUCGCCGCGCCCGGCCUCCACCCCUCCGCGCCGCGCCGCCACCCCUCUGCGCCGCGCGCCCGGAAGCGCGCCCGGCCUCCCGCCAGCCAGCCCGCGCCACCCCUCUGCGCCGCGCGCCCAGCCGGCUCCGGGAUGCAGAAGCGCAUGGCCUCCUCGAGCCAGGCGGGGGGCAGAAGCGCAGUGCGGAGGCUCCACGGGCGGAGCCGGACGGACAACGCGGUCGCGGCAGCUGGGGCGUCCGCGUGCUUGAGGGCACGGCCUGGGCGAGGGGGCGGGCGCGGAAGCGGGCGCGGACGGGCGAGCGCGCCCGCGGGAGCGCGCGGCCUGGGAACGCGGGAGUGCGCGGCCGGCGAGCGGGCGCGGCCUGGGCGGGCGCGGACGGGCGAGCGGCCGAAGAUGCUGAGCCGGCUGCCGCCGCUGCCGGCGAGGUCGGGUGGAGAGGAGGCGGAGCAGAAGCAGGUGGCCAUGGAGGUGGAGGCGGCAUGGCGAGGCAGAGAGGAGACGAGCCGUUGGGGGAGGGCAACGAGUGGAAGUUUCUUCACCCCCAUGUCAGAAGUAUCACCGGCAGCCCCCCAAGCGGCGAAAAAAAUGCCUCCUGAGGGGCUCAACGGCUGGAGAUGCUCUUACAAUGGAGAAAGAGGCGACAAUAAUCAAUAUAGCAGCAGAAGUAGUCGCCCAGCCAACAGAGCAGCAGAUAAAAAGGCAAGGCAAUGCAAGUACAACAGGACCUGUAGAAUAGAAUGA